CACACACACACACACACACACACACACACACACACACACACACACACACAAACACACACACACAUUACGUCCCUGCAAUCCUCCGCAUAUGUCAUUCUCUCUAAGUUCAUAGAAGAGAACACACUUCUUUCCCUGAUUCGGCUUGGGUGUGCAGGUGAGCUAUGAGUGUGCGUGUAGAAGCCGUUACCCCGCCCGUGGCUCUGGGCGAGGGUCCUCACUGGUCCACCAAGGAACAAGCUCUGUAUUAUGUGGAUAUUUUCGCCCAAAAUGUGCACCGCUUCCACCCCGCCUCUGGGACACACUCCACCCUGCAUAUAGAGGGCGGGCCAGUAACCUUCGUAGUGCCUCACGUGGACGAGCUCAACACAUUCGUGGUCAGCGUGGGACGGGACCUAGCUCUCGUCAUCUGGCCGGACACCGCCAAAGACGCCACCAUCACUUCCCCCACAGCCAUCAUCGCCUCCGUGGACCACACACACGAAGACAACCGGUUCAAUGACGGAAAAUGUGAUCCCUUGGGCCGACUGUGGGCGGGCACGAUGGGAAACACGGAUGUCCCUGAGAACCCCCUCCCUUACCUGGGCAGUCUGUACCACCUGGCGGAGGACGGCAAGGUGACGCGGGUCCUUGAUAAGGUGAGCAUCAGUAACGGCCUGGCGUGGAGCGAGGAUAGACGCACCUUCUACUACGUGGACACCUGUGAAUAUAAACUGGAAGCAUUCACCUGCGAUCUGGAGAAAGGAACACUUGGUGAGCGCAGGACAAUCUACGACUACAGAGCAGGCGGCCUGUAUCCAGCCUUCCCUGACGGCCUCACCAUCGACACCCAGGGCAGGCUGUGGGUGGCCUGCUUUGGCGCCGCUAAGGUUCACUGCAUCAACCCAAGGUCAGGCAAGAUCGAGGACUCUGUCACCUUGCCAACUGACCACGUAACUUCAGUGACCUUCGGCGGACGUGACCUGGACGAGCUGUACGUGACCACCACGACUAAGAGACUCAACAAGGAGCAGCUGGCGGCUCAGCCGUCAGCAGGGGCGGUGUUCAGGGUGACGGGACUAAGAACCAAAGGGAGACCAAACGCUGAUUGCAAGUUCUGCACGAAGUAAUCCCUCCAUGAGUGGGCGAGAGAACGUUUUCUGUUAGAAAACCACUGCAUAGAGCAGGGUUCUUCAGAUAUUGGUCGGAUGCCUGUACUUUGUCACUAGCUCUUUUUCAUUGGGUCGCCACACCGUAAACAUCAUAUCUCUUCAGGAAUUAAACAACUCCCAUAGGGAAGCCACAGAACGCCUGACUUCUGAUUUAUCCAAAAUUUCUGAUUGGGGCAGAGCAAACUUAAUAUUGUUUAAUGCCUCAAAAACUCAGUUCCUCCAUCUAUGAACUUGUUAUAACCUUCCAGAUAACCAUCCUCCCCUUCUUCAUUGACAUUCAACUGUCCCUCUCUUCUACGCUGAACAUCCUCGGUCUUAUAAUCUAAAAUUCGUAUCUUUUAAAUAAAAUACCUUAUAAGAAGUUCGGGUUUCUGAGUCAUCUCCGCCAGUUUUUCUAACUCCACUCCCCAAGUGCUAACUCUGUACAGAGCACUUGUCUGUCCUUGUAUGGAGUACGCAUCACAUGUAUGGGGGUGGUUUCACUCAUACCGCACUUUUAGACAAGGUGGAAUCAAAGGUAUUCUGUCUUAUCAACUCCUCUUCUCUAACUAACUGUCUUCAGCCUGUCUCUCAUCGCCACAAUGUUGUAUCUCUUGCUAUCUUCUACCACAAUUUUCGCGCUAACUGUUCUUUUGAUCUUGCUAACUCCCACAGCCUCGCUGCACAAAACUUUCUACUUUCUCUCGCCCCUAUUCUGUACACCUUAAUAAUGCAAGAGUUAACCAGUAUUCUCAAUCAUUCACCCCUUUCUCUGGUAAACUGGAGCUCCCUUUCUGCUUCUGUAUUUCCUCCUUGCCAUGACUUCAACUUUUUUAAGAAGUUACAAGACAAUUAUCCUUCGUCAUUUGACUUUUAUAUUCGGCAAUCUUUUUUGGAACUGGCACUGAAGUGAGCAUUUUUUUCCCUCAAAAAUACUAUUGCCCUUGGCCAGUUUCUCUCUUAGAUAAAAAAAAAAAAAAAAUAUAAACAACAAGUGAAUUGUAAUUUAAUGUGUGUGUGUGUGUGUGUGUGUGUGUGUGUGUGUCCAAAUUAAUUUCCAUAUCAGAGGAAGAAAGAUACAAUAAAAAUGGUCAUAUAGGACCUUGAAGUUUGUAUAUGAAAUCAGACUGGAUUCGUUUAAAGAACACUGGUAUAAAUAAAUAGACUGAUAGACUGACAGUUGUUGACGACAAAUUCGUGAACAAACAAGGUAAGAAGUAUAUGGAAAACAUAGAUUAUAUGUGAAAGAAAAAAAAAAUAUGAUGCUUUAAAGCAUGGAAAUAAAUAAUAACUCGCCUCAAAUGUUAUUAAAUAUCUUUAGAUACCGUAAAAUCUGUUAAUGCAUACUACAUGACCAAAUAAACCAUUGCAGUACAGCGUGAAGAAUUGGAGACAAAACUAAGAUUGUUCAAUUUUCACAUUUUCACAAAACAACAAUAACAGCAGCAACAACAGCAACAUCAACAAACAACAACAAUGACAACAGUAACAACAACAACAACAACAACAACAACAACAACAACAACAAUAACAAAACAUUCAAAACAACAACAAAAAAAUAACAUUCAAAACAACAACAACAACAACAACAUCAACAACAAUAAUGUUUUUUCUUACAAGUCGCGUGAUAAUACAUUAUAACAAGCAGAAUUAUAAAACAGAUGUUGAAAAUAGUUUAUAAAUAGUAAAAUGAUGAAGGAGUAUGUUAGAGUAUCUAAGAUUCCACACAAUCAGCAACUGGGCGUUCGUUAUUGAUCAAAUUGCCGGUGAUCGCCGGCUGUUUUAAUAUAGGAGUAUUCAACGCUCCCUCAGUUCUCUGGAGAAGCACAUUCUAAAAAUCCCUCUUGUGAUUCAUCUUUAUGUACAACAUAUGCUAUAAAACAUCAAUCCUAAGUGUUCAUGCUAACAGGAUUCACAGUAUCUGAUGAUGCCCAUUCUACAGGACAGUUAUUAAAAGCUAAAAACUUGCAACAAGGCUCUCAGUGUUUUCACAUUUAUUUCUAGUCUCAUACAGGGAUUAAUGUUUUAUCUGGGAAAAUCUCAAAAAGCAUAGAGCAUGUAUUAUUUGUGCUGCCAGAAUAUUGUGACGGCCGAAACCGUCCUGAGACGAAAGGCCCGGCUGAUAUCAGACACACCAACUCCCAUCCCUUCCUUCCUCCCCCCCCCCAAAAAAAAAAAAAAAACAGAUGGGAGAUAUGCCUUUGCAGUGCUAUUGUCAACCCCAGGGUUGCACAUGUGCUGGGUUUAAUUCCAUGAACAUAUCACUACAAAAGAACCAAGGUGUGAAAGGGUGGCUUAUAUUUCUAAAGGAAAAAGCAGCAACUCAGGGAAGAUAUUGGGAGACACAAUGUAAACAGACAAGCGCAACUCAGGGAAGACACUUGAAAGACUGAGCCAUCCUCAUGAGUGUAGUGAGGACGAACAAUACAAAGUAUAGACAGCUGGCGUGGAAUUGUGCUGCCUCACUUUGUUAUUUAUUUCGUAAACUCGACAUAGAGGUCGCCACCAUACAAUCCUCACAUUACUUUAACCAUCCCAGUGAUUACCACCAACAAGCCCACAACCAUAAAUAAUACAAUAAUCAUCAUGAUUACAAUACAACACCUCCACUUAAACUAAUGAUGGAUGCAAAUACAAUAAAUUACAGCCUAAUAACUUACAGACAGUCAUAAACUCUAUGGUCUUGCAUCUGAACAAUAUUCACUGACCCAUAAUAACUCUGACAAUCUCACACAGUUUCAUCUUGGCUAUAUAUUUGGUGAACAUGUCAGCAAUGUUUUGGUCAGAUGGCACAUACGUAAGUUGCAUCAAAACUUUCUUUACUUCUGCCCUAAUAAAAUGAUGUUUGAUA